AUGUCUUACGAAGAACGACCAGCCAAGCGUAUGCGGGUUAGCAAUGCUGGUAACCAUGAAAGCGAGAUCAGAGCAGAUGAGGUGUACUCGCCCACCGUUGAAAACUCGAAUGCCCUAGGAACGGUUGAGCGGGAAGCAUACGAAUGUUGUUAUGGGAUGUUAAGCGACAUCGCUGUAAAGAAACUAUGCAGUUCAGAGACGCAUUCAAAUCCUAUACAUGUCGAGUUUCGUAGUCCUAAUCAUCUUUCUUCAGGUGAUGAUAAGCACUCAACUACCUUCGACAUAUCGGACUUUGCAUCGGCCAAAAUCCUCAAUGACUUGGCAAGUGUUCCAGAGAUCAAAAUGCAGUUGUACUGCCAUUCAAAGAUUGAAUUCGGCCAUGGCGGACACAGUCGACGGAUGAUCAAACGUUCUGAAAAAUUGCGUGCACUGUGGUUUUUGAACGUAAUCAUCUUUGGUCCAGAACGUUUUGCUGAAAAGAUAGGAGAAUACUUAUCAAUCAGGAAGAUGUAUCUUCAAGAUACACUUGGUUGUGAACGGUGCGUUCCGUACCGUAAUCCCCAUGCUAUGACCCCCGACACGGGUGAAGUUGUGAUGACAGAUUUAUCUAUCUUGGCUCCUGGACAUCACGAUACAGAGGAAUUGAAAUCCGGACCAGAUCUUCUAGCGCUGUUGAUGGAAGGGGAGGCUCCUUUGAGAGAGACAGAGGCACCCAAAAUGGUGAAGACUUCCUUAUUCAGGCAUCAAAAGCAAGCUCUGACUUUCCUGCUGCGUCGCGAGGAAGGUUGGAAUUUUGAUGAUGCAGCUUCUGACAUAUGGAGUUGGCGGAGUGAUACAUCGGGGCGAUUAAGUUACGUGAACAAUGUGACCGGAUACAGCACAUGUGAAGCUCCUCCAGAAUUCCGAGGUGGCCUACUAGCGAAUGAUAUGGGAUUGGGCAAGACGCUCACCAUGAUAUGUUUAAUAGCUCCAAACCAAGCUUGCUUGGAUUAUGAAUUACCGCAAGCUCAUCAUCGUUCUUCUGAAUUGAGGCUUUCGAAUAUGUCAAAGGCUACACUACUUAUUCUACCUCCAGCAUUGAUACAAGCAUGGGAGCAUCAGUUUCGAUUACAUCUUGAACCGCGAGCACUAGCAUGUCAUAUCUACCAUGGCAACAACAAAAAAAGUAUAGACUUUCUCAGACAGUUCGAUGUUGUCAUCACUACAUACCACACUAUUGCGGCUAUUUGGAAGCACCACAGCGCUCAUCCAGAUGAUGAAUCUUUGUACUCUUUCACUUGGCAUCGCGUAGUUCUAGACGAAGCUCAUAUCAUCAAAAACCCUCAGAGCCAGCUAGCUCGAGCUUGUUAUGCUCUCAAAGCAACAAGACGCUGGGCGAUAACCGGAACUCCUAUCCAGAACAAACUUGUGGACUUCGCCAGCAUUGAAUUCUCCUCGAUGGAUGCUAAAGGACUUUUACGACUCAAAACACUUGUGCGGGCUAUUACCAUUAGUCGCACGAAGACAGUCAUUGAACUUCCAUCACGAGUUGAUGAGAUACACCGUCUCGAUUUUACGUCGGCUGAGCGAGAGAAGUACGAGGCUGAGAAAGUGCGAGCGAGAGUGUUACUGGAGAGAGCAAUCUCUUCUGGGAACCAGAGUGGAAAAAUAUUCAAUGCGCUGUCACUACUCAACCGACUAAGUCUGAUCUGCAAUCACGGCAUGUUACAACUUACGCCUACUAUUGAUCAUAUAGUGUCUCAAGAAAGUGAAGUUGUUGCUUGUUGCUCCAUGUGCGGCGACUAUCUACAGGAAGAGGUCUUUGGUGGCCCUUUUCCCUCGGGUAUUGAUACUCAACGUCAACCAUUAUGCGAACAAUGUAUUCUUCAAGAAGGAGACAGCUGUGACCGAUCUCCGAGUAACAGUUCAGAUUGCCCAGAUACAGCAGAAGAUUUGAGAUCUGUGACACCGCCAACAGCUACAGAUACUGCAUUUUCUAUCCAACACAUGUCGACAAAAAUCAAAGCGCUUUUGGCAGAUCUCCAUAAAUACAAGAAUGCCGAGAAAAGUGUCGUGUUUUCAUACUGGACUAAUACACUUGAUCUUGUGCAAAUGAUGUUGGAUAACCAAGGAAUACGCUACACAAGAAUUGAUGGGACAAUGUCCCUGUCCAAAAGAAACGAGGCUUUAGGUGCAUUCAAGAACAAAGAUACCGUUCGCGUAAUUCUUGUCUCAAUCACUUGUGGCGGCGCAGGGCUCGAUCUUACCACUGGGUCGAGAGCAUAUCUUCUCGAGCCACAUUGGAACCCAAUGAUUGAAGAACAAGCUCUCUGUCGUGUACAUCGAAUUAGUCAGAAGCGUAAUGUGACUACCAUUAGAUAUUUGAUGCAUGAUUCGUUCGAAGAGCAAAUUGUGGAUCUUCAAAAGAGAAAGAAGAUGCUUGCAGAUGUUACGUUUAGUCAAAAUUGUAUCUCAGAGGCUGGCGUCGAUAUGGGUAUUUUACAAUACUUGAGAUCUGUUCUUGAGUAA